AUGUCGUCACCUCCUUCCGAGCCCGCUCGGCCCCCUCCCCAGCCCCUUCUCAACCCCAAAUACCGCCACAUCUCCCGCUCAGCCGCCAAGCGCGAGUCCGUCCAGCUCCUGGGCUCCAUCAAAGACCUGCAGCGUCACUUCCUCCGGGCGGCGUCGAUCGAGCACCGCCCAGGCGCAGGUAUCGGCGUCAAAGGGCUAGGUACCCUUGGUGAGGAAGAGGAGAAUAGGGAUCCGGCGGAUAGCUUGUCAGCAAGUACGAACGGCGGACCAUCUCGGGAUCGGAAGCUAUGGAAGGAGGUGGAGCUGCAGCGGGUAGAUAUCGAGACCGCGCGGAAGGAGGUCAAGGCGAUCAUCAGUGAUCUGAGAGGAUUAUGGUCUCUCGGUGGGGGGACACCGGGGACCUCCGCCUCCACCUCGCCAACCACCCCUACUUUCGGCCAGACAGACACUCAGCAGCUGCUUGUCCGUACAGCGAGGUCCAUUCGGCGGGUCAGGGAGCUGUCGCUCUCGAUCACACAAACGGGUCGAAAGGUGUCCAACGGGAUGUCUACUCUGCCGCGCCCAAAGCAGGGUCGAACCAGUAUCUCUACUCCUUCUCGCCCUGCUGCGACGCUACCACGAGCAGUUUCAGCGUCGGGAUCGACCCUACCGGUGCGACAGUCAUCGCUGGGCGCCAUUGCUGCCGCGAACGACCCAUCAGACACGUUCGGGUCACUGAGGCGAGCGGCAAUGGAGGUGCUGGCGGGACUACGGGGCAUGGAGGAGCGUCUGCGCCUGCAGUCCAAUACCGCACCAGUCCUCGAGACCGGCUCUGGUCUCAGCGGGACUCAGAGCGUAUCUGCCUCCUCGACAGACGACCCCUCGCGCCCGCCCUCGUCCAUGUCCGGAUUGGUAUCCGAGCCAGAGUCCAUGAACGAGCAAGAGGAGGAGGAGUGGAACAUGAACAUCUUGGCGGCGGACGGGGAUCUACAUCGGCACAUCGAGACCUGGGAGGAGCGUAUAGCGGCGGAAGGAAGGGAGUAUCGAGCCAUAUCUUCGGGAGAGGCGGGCAAGGAGAGGGAGGCGGUCAGGCGGUGGCUGGGCGUGGUGGAGUCGGUGUUCCGCUCUGACGGGGAAAGGGAGGCGACUGGAAGAUGGGCCGACGGGGACUGGGAGGGUUCGCAAUCUGAACGGAUACAUGACUUCCUCCUUGCACAUCUUGCUUUAGAUCUUCAGCUAUAUCUACCCAAUGUUCAGCAUCCGGAUCUCCGCCAGGUUCUGCUUUCCCGACUGUCCGAUGGGUACAUUUUGAUCCAGGCAUUCAAUAAUGCUCUCGGCUCGUCCUCGCGCUCGUGGGGCUUCGUACCCGAUGAUGACAUUCACGACACCUUGAAUGCCGUUCCAACGACACGCGGGGAUGGAUCAGCGACGUCCGAGGCGGUAGCCGAUGAGAAGAGCAACGAGGGGUGGACGUUCAGGCGGAUCGGUAAUUUGACUGCUUGGGCUGCGGCCCUCAGACAGAGGUACAACAUCCUUCUCACUCUCCCUAGCCGGACCACCUCCUCUGCCUUCCUGAUCCCGCCCACACCCCGCCCAACCGGCCCAGCAUCAUCCCCCGAUCCCAAGCUGCGCCGAAGCUCGCCCGACGGUACUGGCGCUCCGGGCCGAAAGAGCGAUGUCCCGGCUUAUCUGUUUGAUCCGGCAAAGGUGGCCAAGCGGGAGCCAGGGUGGGAGGAGAUGCUCGAGGGGUUGGUCGUCAGGUGGAUUGAGGAGGUUGCGACAGAGGUGAAGGGAGGGGGAGUUGUCAGGGAUAGGACAAGAGGGGGAAUGAUCUAG